UUGGCCCGCGCUGCACCGCCCCGUUGCUUCCUGGCAGCCGCGAGCCUUGGAGUCCCGGAGCGGUAGGACUUGGGCGGGCUGGGAUUUGUGCUGGGGAGGUCGCCGGACUUGGAUCGGAGCAGCACUUAGGAGACGCGGUGCAGUCGAACAGAUCCACCAUGGGGACGACAGCCCCAGGGCCCAUUCACCUGCUGGAGCUCUGUGACCAGAAGCUCAUGGAAUUUGUCUGCAAUGUGGACAAUAAGGACAUGGUGUGGCUGGAGGAGAUCGAGGAGGAGGCCGAGCGCAUGUUCACCAGAGAAUUCAGCAAAGAGCCUGAGCUGAUGCCCAAAACACCUUCUCAGAAGAACCGACGGAAGAAGAGACGGAUUUCUUAUGUUCAGGAUGAAAACAGAGACCCCAUCCGAAAAAGCAGGUUGUCCCGCAGAAAGACGCGGAGCAGCCAGAGGGGCUCCCGGUACCUCCGCAGCAAGGACAAGGUGGAGAAGCUGGCCACAGUGGUGGGGGAGAACGGCUCCGUCCUGCAGCGGGUGACCCGUGCUGCGGCCGCAGCUGCAGCAGCCUCCGCGGUGGCGGCCACUCCUUCACCCACCCCUGAGUCUCCCACGGUGCUGACCAAGAAGCCCAAGGAGAGUCUGAUCCCGUGCCCGCUGGUACCCGUGGUGGAGAUUGGCGUCAGCGAGCGCCGGAGCGCCGAGCAGCACCUCAGCCAGCUCCAGUCUGCCCAGGCUCCAUCCCCAGCCCCGGCUCCGGCCGCAGCUCCAGCCUCCCACAUCAUCUUGAUCUCGGAUGAGGACUCAACACCCCAGAAGCCAGAGGCCCGGAGACUGGAGUCUGUCACCGUGAGCUCGCUGAUGACUACACCCCAAGACUCCAAGGGCCGAGGGGUCGGAGCAGGAAGGUCUGCCUCCAAGCUCAGGAUUGCGGCGGCCUCCCCAGGCCCGCAGGACUCGCCCGGCUCUCCGGCCUCCCCGUGGCGGGAGCGGGUGCUGGCUCCCAUCCUGCCUGAUAACUUCUCCACGCCCACGGGCUCCCGUGUGGACCGGCGGUCGGUGCGGCGCAGCCUGAUCGCCCCGUCCUCCCCGGGCCCCCAAGUCUCGGUGGCCCAGCAGUACUCCCUGGUUUCCAAAGAGGAGAGCACCGUCCGAAGGUCAAGCAGAAGGAUUGCCAAGAAGGCCACCAAAGAGCCGGCCCCCUCCGCCCGCAUCAUCUGCCACAGUUACCUGGAGAGGCUCCUGAAUGUUGAGGUGCCCCAGAAAUUCAGCCCCAAGGCAGAGGAGCCCAGCAAGGAUGCUAAGCCGGAGGAGACGGCCGAGCCAGAGGCCCCCAAGAACAAUGGCAGUGCCUUGCGGCUCCGCAGUGCCACCAAGAUCGCCAUUAGCACACCCGGCCCGCAGCCUGCAGCUGGUGGCCAGGGAACGCCCUCUGAAGGGCGGCAGGAGGCCAAGACUGACCAAGCCGAUGGCCGCAAGGAGCCGCCUCAGAGUGUCAGGAGGAAGCGCAGCUACAAGCAGGCGGUGAGUGAGCUGGACGAGGAGCAGCAGCUGGAAGAUGAGGAGCUGCAGCCGCCCAGGAGCAAGACCCCUUCCCCGCCCUGUCCCGCCAGCAAGGUGGUGCGGCCCCUCCGGACCUUCCUGCACACCGUGCAGAGGAACCAGAUGCUCAUGACCCCAACCUCGACCCCCCACAGCAGCAUCAUGAAAUCCUUCAUUAAGCGCAACACCCCCCUGCGUGUGGACCCCAAGGAGAAGGAGCGGCAGCGCCUGGAGAACCUGCGGCGGAAGGAGGAGGCCGAGCAGCUCCGCAGGCAGAAGGUGGAGGAGGACAAGCGGCGGCGGCUGCAGGAGGUGAAGCUGAAGCGCGAGGAGCGCCUCCGCAAGGUGCUGCAGGCCCGGGAGCGGGUGGAGCAGAUGAAGGAGGAGAAGAAGAAGCAGAUUGAGCAGAGGUUCGCUCAGAUCGAUGAGAAGACGGAGAAGGCCAAGGAGGAACGACUGGCGGAGGAGAAGGCCAAGAAGAAGGCAGCGGCCAAGAAGAUGGAGGAGGUGGAGGCGCGCAGGAAGCAGGAGGAGGAGGCGCGGAGGCUGAGGUGGCUACAGCAGGAGGAGGAGGAGCGGCGCCACCAGGAGCUGCUGCAGAAGAGGAAGGAGGAGGAGCAGGAGCGGCUGCGAAAGGCGGCCGAGGCCAAUAAGCUGGCGGAGCAGCGCGAGCAGGAGCGGAGGAGGGAGCAGGAGCGGCUCCAGGCCGAGAGGGAGCUGCAGGAGAGGGAGAAGGCCCUGCGGCUACAGAAGGAGCGGCUGCAGAGGGAGCUGGAGGAGAAGAAGAAAAAGGAAGAGCAGCAGCGCCUGGCUGAGCAGCGGCUGCAGGAGGAGCAGGAGAAGAAAGCCAAGGAGGCUGCGGCAGCCAGCAAAAGCCUGAACGUGACCGUGGAGGUGCAGUCUCCAGCUUGUACCUCCUAUCAAAUGACUCCACAGGGGCACAGGGCCCCCCCCAAGAUCAACCCGGAUAACUACGGGAUGGAUCUGAACAGCGAUGACUCCACCGAUGACGAGGCCCACCCCCGCAAGCCCAUCCCCACCUGGGCCAGAGGCACCCAGCUCAGCCAGGCCAUCAUCCACCAGUACUACCACCCCCCUAACCUUCUGGAACUCUUCGGAACCAUUCUCCCACUGGACUUGGAGGACAUCUUCAAGAAGAGCAAGCCCCGCUACCAUAAGCGCACCAGCUCUGCCGUGUGGAACUCGCCGCCCUUGCAGGGCACCAGGGUCCCUGGCAGUCUGGCCUACAGCCUGAAGAAGCACUGAGCCAGGCCCACGGGCCUGCUCGGCAGUCUCAGCCUUCGUCUCUGUCUGUCUGUCCGUGUCUCUGUUGGUCCGGUGCCCUCCCGCCGGGUAUCCUGUCGCUGAGGGUUUGGUCACAUGUAUAUAAACGUCCUCUGUGUGCUACAGGUGGAAAGCAGCCCAGGCAUGUUGGGAGGCUGAGCUUGGUGGGUGUUCAGGGAAGACCCAGGCCCAGCCCUGCCUGGUCUGCCGACAGCACUCUGUAAAUAGGUUGUUAGAACUCAGCUGAAUUUUAGCCUCUAGUGUUUGAGAGCUAGAUUAAUAAAGUCUAUUCCUUCAAGCCUGCUGUUAGUAUCAUGAAGACUGGGCUUCUCUGCAGAAAGUCCUGGACCCCAGCCUUGUCUUGGGCUGCUGGAUGGGCUGGAGGAAUGGGAACUACUUAUUCUCCUGGGGUGUGCGUCAAGGUCACCUGGGUCCCACCCCCGAGAUGCUGAUGGAGUGGGUGAUUCUGAUGCCAGCCCUGGACAACCCUGCAAAACACUUCAGGUACUUUUGUGUUGGGGCAGGUGAUGAUACUUCCUGUUUUUCUGGGGAGCACCCUGCCUGUAAAGGGGGGCUCAUUCAAUGGGUAAGACCUGGGGUUGAGGUCAGGAGAAUUGGGCUCUUGACACAACUCUGCCACUUAAAAGAGGCCCUCAGCCCCUCCUGCCUCAGGCUCCAUCCACCCUUGCUGCACGGAUGGUGAAAGGAUGAAAGAACAUGGACGUGCUGCUGAAGCAGGAGAUCUGGGUUAGGAAGGGGACUUCUCUUGAAAACUACCUCGGGACCAGUACGUGCAAGUAGUUGAGAUGUUUCUCCAACGAAACCAGGCAGCUGCUAGUUAAAUGCUUAGUGUCCAUGGAAGCUGCCCUGCCCCAUAGCUGCCAACUGUGUUCUAAACGUGCCACAUCUUCGUUAUCUACUUCAGCCCCCUGGAAUGGGGGUUGGUGAAUUUGGGCCUAUGGGCCAAGUCAAGUCGCAGUCCCCGCUUUACUUUUGUAAAGUUUCAUUGAACCCGCCCAAUAGAAAUGAAUGCCUGUCGUCUCCAGCUGCUCUGCUGAGGGCAGAGUUAAGUAGUUACAACAGAGGCCUUAUGGUUCGCAAAGCUGAGGAUGAAUCUUUACAGAAAAUUGUUUGCUGAUCCUGCUUUAGGACAAAAUCAAAGCUGAAUAUGAGAGGUUUUUAAAAUGAGUGAAGAGUGAAUGCAUGCAACAGGCUGAAAUCUAGAAGAUUCCACCCAUGCCAAAAAAAAAAAUUUUUACAGUUCAUUCAAAUAUGGUGCACAGUUUAAAUUUGUUCCAUAUGUUCUCUAAUGAGAAACUGUUGUGUUGAGUCAACUGCUGAGUGUGUCUUUGCCUAAAGCCACGUCAAAAUAUUACCUCUUAGAAAAGCAUAUUUAUACAGUGUGUUUGAGAAAAAAAUUGUUAUUGAGCAAAAAGGUAGUUACAAGUUGUUCUGCAUCUUCACCAGCACUUCUUAUUGUCAGUGUUUCUUAUUUUAGCCAUUCUAAUAGAUGCGUAGUGAAUUCUUAUCGUACUUUUUAAUUUGUGUGUCCCUCGUGGCUGGUGAUGGUGAACAUUCUCUCAUGUGCCUACUUGCCAUCUGUGUAUCUUCUUUGGCAAAGUGUUUGUUCAACUUAUUUGUUUUUUUGUUUUUUAUUGUUUUGGUUCCUUUUUUAUUGGGCGAUGGUUACGUCUUUCUUCAUGGGCCUUGUGAUCCGCUCCCAGCCUCGCCCCCCCACCCGCCACUGUGGCCGUGCAACACAGUAUGUGGGAUCUUAGUUCCCCAACCAGUGGACCAGGGAUCAAACCCAUGCCCCCUGCAGUGGAAGCAUGGAGUCUUAACCACUGGACCACCAGGGAAAUCCCUCAUUUGUUCAUUUUUAAAUUGAGUUGUUAGUUUUCUUAAUGUUGUGUUUAGAAUCUCUAUGUGUUAUGGAUACAAAUCUGUUGUCAGAUACGUGCUUUGCAGUAUUUUCCCGUAGUCUGCAACUUGUCUUUUCAUUCAUUUAACAGUAUUUUUCACAGAGCAGAAAUUUUAAUUUUGAUGAAGUCCAAUUUGUGAACUUUUUUUCCUUUUAUGGAUUGUGCUUUUUUGGCUUCAUGUUAAGAAAUCUUUGUCUAGCCCCAGUUCUCAAAGAUUUUCUCCUAUAUUUUCUUCUAAAUAUUUUAUAGAUUUACAUAUUACAUUUAGGCUUAUGAUCUGUUUUGAGGUAAUUUUUUUUAAUGUUUUUUAUGUUUUUUGUUUUGGGGAGCAUAUAAGAUGGAUGUUCAGUUGUUCUAGAACCAUUUGUUUAAAAGACUUCUUUUUCACUGAAUUUCUUUUGUAUCUUUGUCAAGAGUCAAUCAGCCAUAUUUGUAUGGGUCUACUUUCAGACUUUGUAUUCUCUUUCAUUGAUCUAUGGGUCUCUCCUUUUACCAGUACCACAUGGUCGAGAUUACUAUAGCUUGUAUAAGUCUUAAAAAUAUGGUAGUGUGAUUUCUCCAUCUUUAUUCUUUUAAAAUUAUUUUGGCUUUUCUAUCAAUUUUGUCUUUUUGUAUAAAUUUUAGAAUCAGCUUAUCGAUACAAAAAUGCUGCUGGGAUUUUGAUUGAAAUUCUAUUAAAUCUAUAUAUUAUAAGUUUGGGGAGAAUUCACAUGUUUAUGAUAGUGAGUCUACUAAUCCAUGAACAUGACAUAUCUCUCUAUUUAUUUACAUCUUUACUUUCUUUUAUCAGCAUUUUGUACUUUCAGCAUGCAGAUCCUAUAUAAGUUUUGUUGGAUUUAUAGCUAAGUAUUUAUUUUCUUGGUGCUGUCAUAAAUGGUAUUGUCUUUAUAAUUUUGGUUUCUACCUGUUCAUUGCUGGUAUAUAGAAAUGCAGUUGACUUUGGUGUGUUGACCUUUUAUCUUGUGAUGCAACUAAAGCAGUACUUAGAGGAAAAUUUAUAGCACUAAAAUGCCUGUUAGAAAAAGUGUCAAAUCAGUGACCCUAGCUUCCACUUUAAGAAACUAGAAAAAGAAGAGCAAACAAAAAUAUAAGCAGAAGAAGGGAAAUAACAAAGGUAGAGCAGAAGUCAAUGAGAUUGGAGGAAAAUAAUAGAGAAAAUUUAAUUAAAGCAAAAGCUGGUUCUUUAAGAAACUAAAAAAAAAAAAGUAAACCUCUGUCAUGACUGAUGAGAAAAAGAAUAAAUAAAUGACCAGUGUCAGGAAUGAGAGGACGCACCACUACAGAUUCUACAGAUACUAAAAGAGAAUAUUAUGAACAACUUAUGGUAAUUUGACAGUUUAGGUGAAAUGAACACAAAUUCCUUGGAAGAUAAAAAUUAUCUCAGUUCACUCAGGAAGAAGUAUGAGGGUGAGUCAAAAAUUAUCUGCAUGCUGGCUGUAGAAUUUACAGAUGUUUUAAUAUAAUUGGAGUGCAGAUAAGUUUUGACUCACCCACA